CACCAAAUACCUUCGACUAGCCAAUUGCUUAGCUUUUUUUGCUGGGCUUUAAUCAUCGAUCAUGGACCGCAAUGGGCUUCUAUUUCUGUUUGCCCCAAGCUGAUCAUUCUGGUGGUUUGCAAAUGUUUAUAAAUAUCCAGGGUUUCUUCUCUUUCCAUACCUUCCCAUCCACUCGUUUUAGAGAAAAGAUCAAAUUACAAAUUUUACUAUUCCGCAAAGCAAUCCAGAAAACUAGAGGCUCACCAUCAACAAUCCAUUUCAAACACAUUGUUUUCCAAAAAUUAUAAUGUCUCUCUUGAAACUUUCUUUGUUUUUCAGCUUACUUUUCAGCUCUGUCUUCGGCGCUUAUAUUCCACCAAGCCCUUGGUCGACUUUAACUCCAACAACCACCUUAUCCGAUGGUAUAACUGACUAUUCUUCCACCUUUGGUAUUGCUGUUUCAAGGAUCACAACUGCAUUAACAAGUACAGCCGGCCUCCAAAAAAGAGCCGAAGAUGAAACCAAAACUCCAAUAAUCUCUUUUCCAGUUAUUACAGGCUCCUCUGAAAUUGAAGAAGAUUCACUUUUAAAUCCAUUGCAACAAAAUGAAAAUGGCCACAUUGAAUUUGUUCCCAAUGAGGAUUCUUCAUCUGCUGAAUUAGUCAAAAGAGAUGAUUCUACAACUACUUACUACUUCACUACUCCAACUCAAACCACUUCAACCACCACUUUCCAAUUCAAAUACACAAAUUCUGCAUCUGACACACCUUCACAAAGUGAAUCAUCCACAUCCACAUCCACUUCUACCAGUAAUGUCAUCAAAUAUCAUGCCUGUGGAUCGGAAAGCACUUUAUCAAUGACUUUAUUCGGCUCAGUUUUAACUGACUCUUUAGGCAGAAUUGGUGCCAUUGUUUCAAAUAGACAAUUUCAAUUCGAUGGUCCACCACCACAAGCUGGUACUAUUUAUGCUCUUGGUUGGUCUAUUAGUAAAGACGGCUAUUUAGCUCUUGGCGAUAACGAUGUCUUUUAUAAAUGUCUUUCCGGAAACUUCUACAAUCUUUAUGAUGAAUACAUUGGUUCUCAAUGUACCCCCAUUCAUUUAGUUGCAGUCGCUCUACAGCAAUGCUAAAGUUCAAAGGCUCAUCACAAUAUUUAAAAAAAAAAUUAAAAAAUUAUAGAACAAUUCUUUUUUUGUUUUCUCCUUGUUUCCUUACCCUUUAUUUUAUUUUUCAUUUUACUUGAAAUUAUGGUUGGUUUUUUU